CUGAAUGUGGGCUGUUUGGGCUUUUCUUAUGGCACUCGGAAGGUAAAAUAAAACUGCACCCGCAACUGGCAGAGUAAUGUUUUGGCACUGUCAUUAGCUCCAGACAAGGACGAGGACACCAUGGGAGACAUCAGUUGCGGUAAAGCUGCCCACUUGUCAGACCCACAGCAUUUUGACAGAUACUUUGAGAAGCUGCUGUGUGAGUUGACAGAGCAGGACUUCACAGACCCGGUGCUUGCUGAUGCUCUCAAAAGACUGAGAGAGGUGCUGCAGUACAAUGCCACAGGAGGCAAGAGGAACCGUGGCUUGUCUGUGAUUGGCUCAUUACGAGAGUUGGUCCCGCCCUCCAAGCUGGCACCUGAAGAAGUGGAGCGUGCCUUGUUGGUCGGAUGGUGCAUUGAAUUGCUGCAAGCUUUCUUCUUGGUAGCCGAUGAUAUAAUGGAUGCAUCAGUAACACGGAGAGGUCAGCCAUGCUGGUAUAAAAAGGAAGGCAUUGGCCUGGAUGCUAUUAAUGAUGCUUUUCUGCUGGAGGGUUCCAUCUAUCGCCUUCUGCGCAGGCAUUGCAGACAGCAGCCUUACUACGUCCAUUUGUUGGAGCUUUUUACUGAGACAUCAUUCCAGACAGAGCUGGGGCAAGCUCUCGAUCUGAUGACUGCCCCCCCACACAAGAUCGACUUAAACCGCUUUUCCAUGGACAGGUAUAAAGCCAUAGUGAAAUACAAAACUGCAUUCUACUCUUUUUAUCUUCCAGUGGCUGCAGCCAUGUACAUGGCAGGAAUCGACAGCGAAGUGGAACAUCUCAAUGCUAAACACAUUUUGCUCGAAAUGGGGGAGUUCUUUCAGAUACAGGAUGAUUAUUUGGAUUGCUAUGGAGACCCUGCAGUAACAGGAAAGAUUGGCACUGAUAUCCAGGACAAUAAGUGCAGCUGGCUUGUGGUGACAGCACUAAAGGUGAUGACCCCUGAGCAGAGAGUGGAGCUAGAGACAUGUUAUGGGCGGAGUGAUGUGGAGAGUGUAGAGCGAGUGAAGGCACUGUACGACACUUUGGAAAUGCCUGUCCGAUACCACCAGUACGAGGAAGAAAGCUACCUGCGACUGCAAAACCUCAUCCAGUGUUAUGCUCAAAACCUUCCCCAUGCAGUUUUUCUAAACUUUGCAAAGAAAAUCUAUAAAAGAAACAAAUGAGAAAUGAUUUUAUUUUUACAUGAGAAUGGAAAAGUAUGUGAAUGUUUAUUGCAAUAUAACACAAAAAAAGAAAAGCAAUGCAUUUGAACAGUGGUGUAAAUAUAUCUUCUCAAGAAUAUAGACAAAUAAAUUGUAAGAACUUUGAAAAUAUGUUAUUUUUUUACACAUGUCUUGGACUUUUUGACUGACCAAAAUAAGCUUCUUUUUUUGAGAGAUUUCUCCAUAUUCUAAUAUUCUCUAAUAAUAAAUUUUCGAGCCAACUCUGACUGUUGAAUACUCUGAAUUUUGGUACAUUGUCCAAACCAAUUUUAUUUAAUUGUAUUUUUAUAUUGAUAAAGUUGGAAGAUCAGUAGUCCUGUGCUAAUAGAGUUAAUGAAAUAUAGGCAUUAAAUUUCACUUUACCACAGAGGGCAACAAAUUGCUGGUCAUCAGGCGGUGAGCGGUACCAAUCGUAUCCGUCAGUCUCUUCUCCUCAAUGGGUUCAUUAUUUGGCUGUGUGCAUUGUUUAAAGACUAAACAACUGUUGUUCACUUUCUGAAACUCGAAACUAGAAAUCUAACAUUCAAACUUUUCAUCUGUUUACCAACCUGUUUUUCUGCCAAAGGAAAUGUCAGUGAUAGGAUAAAUAGAUCUUUCUGUUGGGAACUGCUGAAACUAAGUGAAGCAGAAAUGAAUAAUGAUGAAAGCCAUUUAAAAGCAGUGAUGUUUGUGUGUGUGU